AAACACGUGUAGGGCAAAAAGGCGCAAGAAAACGAAAGCGACAGCAACGUACAGACCUGUCAGCUUUCUCGUCGUAUUCUCAAGGAAUAAUGAUCAACAUUCAUUCAGCGACGUGUAUUUAUGUGACUCUCCUGACUGUCUACAACUUUAUGGAAUCUCAAUCCGAGCGUUUACAGGUUAUUGGUCCAGAAGAACCUCUUGUUGCUGUAGCUGGUGAAGAUCUGGUUCUACCCUGUUUUAUCAAACCCAACACCAAUGCUAUGGACAUGACAGUGGAGUGGUUGAGAGUAGAUACAGGGUUUUUAUUAGUGCAUAGCUAUAAGGAUCGUGGAGACAAAAAUAAAGAUCAGGUGCAGUCCUACAGAGGAAGAACAUCACUGUUCAAAGAGGAGCUACAGAAAGGCAACGCUUCACUCAAACUCUCAGAUCUCAGAGUUUCUGAUGAAGGAAAAUAUAAGUGUCAUGUUGAAGAUAAAACAUGGUAUAAUGACAUAACUGUUCAUGUUAUUAUCGAAGUUCUAGGAAGCCAUCCAUUGAUGAUGAUGGAGAGUUUUGAUAACUUCGGAGGGAUUAAUCUAGUGUGUGAGUCCAGAGGCUGGAAACCUGAACCUGAUGUUCUGUGGCUGGACAGAGAAGGAGUCUCUCUGACUGCUGAAGAUACACAGAUACACAGAGACACUGAGGGCUUCAGUGUGAAAAGCCACAUCACUGUUUAUAGUGACUCUAACCAGUUUUACUGCAGACUUCAGCAACAACAUCACAUGAAAGAGGCAGAGAUUAUCAUCAAUAGUAGAGUCUUUGUUGUUUGGAAGUGGGCCUUCAGCAUUUCAGUUGUAGCAUGUCUUUUUCUUGUUGGAUUGAUACUAACUCUGUGUUUUGGCUACAAGAAAGCCUCAGAACUUCAACGGGUGAAGCAACAUGCAGAACUUCUAAAGAAGAAGAUGUUUAGAGUGGAUGUGACUCUGGAUCCUGAUUCAGCUCAUCCUCAACUCAUCCUGUCUGAUGAUGGAAAACAAGUGACUCAUGUAGACACACCACAGGAUCUCCCUGAUUCACCACAAAGGUUUAAUUAUCCCUCUGUUCUGGGAAAUCAGAGUUUCUGCUCAGGAAGAUUUUACUAUGAGGUGCAGGUCAGAGGGAAAACUGACUGGACAUUAGGAGUUGUGAAAGAGAACAUUAACAGGAAGGGAGAGAUUGUAUGGUGUCCUCAGAAUGGCUUCUGGAUUGUGGGACUGUUCAAUGAGAAUCAGUACAGUACUUAUGAUAGUCCCUCUGUUCCCCUCACACUGAGAGAGAAGGUGGAGGUUGUGGGGGUGUUUGUGGAUUAUGAGGAGGGUCUGGUCUCCUUUUAUGAUGUGAAGUCCAGAUCUCAUAUCUACUCUUUCACUGAUCAGUCUUUCUGCUCAGAGAAACUCUAUCCAUACUUCUGUCCUCGAUACAAAGAAGAUGGUAGAAAUUCAGCACCACUGAUCAUCUCUGAUGUUACUGAAUAAAUAUCUGCUUUAAAUUCUAUAACUUUAAAAAAAAAAUUUCAUCUCGAUAUAAUCAUCCAUUUAUUUAUUUUAAUUUUAAACGUUUAUUAGGAAUUCUGUUUCUAUGAACACUAAUAUACUUGUGAUUUCAGCAAGAUUAAAGCCAUUAUUAGAUUUCUAGAAAUUCUAUGAAGACACAAGGAUGUUAGUGGUUUAUUUAGAGUUGAUAUGCUAGUUUGAUUCCUUUUAGAAACAUUGUCAGUUUGUUUGAUGUAAAGUUGUUUUUUGUUUUUGUUUUUUUGUGUGGAUGUAUUUGAAUUCGAGCUGCAUCUCCUCACCAGUGUUGUGCUAGUUACUAAGAACUAGCAACCGUUACUAGUUACUUCAUUCAAAAAGUAAUUCAAUUACUUUAUUGAUUACUUACACCAAAAAGUAACAAGUUACUGUUAAAAGUAACUUUUUAGUUCUUUAAUGUUCCCAUUAAUGCCCUUUUAUGUGUUAUGGUCUAUAAAAACACAAAACCAGACAUCCCAAGUGUCCCGGAUGUUCCGGAUGUUGAUAGUGGCUCCCUGAUGCCCGCAAAUUAGAAAUCUAUAGCAAGCAAGCGAGCGAGCGAGCAUGAGCGCGCAUGCACGACAGAGACCAAACCUUGUAGUGGCAGAGAGAGAGGGGGCCAAUCCUGAUUGGCCUGUUUUGCUAAGUCAACCAAUCAAUUGUCAGUCUGACGGGCUAUACCCCAUGUGUUUCGGAAUAACUCCCAUUACUGCCGCACAUACUUGAAUAAAAGGAAACAUGCCCACAGUGCGUCGUCUUCGUGUUUACAAUGGUUGGCAUCCACCAAUCCUACAAUGCGUCGCUGUAGUAAACAGGUUAGGCUGUAGGCUACACUUCAGUCAAAAUGAAUUAAUUAAAAAAAAUAAUUAAUUUAACAAAUGCACCAUAUAGUAACGGAGUUACUUUAUUUAAAAAAAAGUAACGCGUUACAGUAUUAGUUACUGUCAAAAUUAACGGCGUUACUGCCCAACACUGCUCCUCACAGACCUGCAGUUUUAACCUGGAGGAUUUGGAGGAUUCACUAGUCAGUAACUGGGACUAAUGUGUCAUUUAAAGAUUUGUUAUAUUGCUGAAUGUUUUGUAUGAAGAAUAUACAUGUUUCUUUUUUUGUUUGUUUAUUUUUUAAAUUAAAGGUUUAUUCUCUUUC